AUAUACAGUAUACUGUAUCAUAGUUCAAAUUGAUUUUCUGCAGCACACGAGGAUCUUCCCUUGAACUACAGCUGGGUAAUUGUGCUCCGCUUCGGUAUAUCUUGAAGACAUGUCCUCUGUUUGAAAAGAGGUUCCUUUGCCUGCUGCUGAGAGCAGUUUAUUCGCUACGGACAACCUCUAUGGCUUUAAGAACAUCGAUUCAGAUAUUCGAGGUUGAUUCAAGUUCUAAGAAAUAAGCAUACCCAUACUGUGUUGGAGGUUUAAAAAUUACAGAAUGAACAAAGACAGAAGUGAAACGGAAUACGAGCCUUUGCUUAAAGAGCUUAAAACCCGAAAGAAGUUCCGGUUUCCUAAUAAAACACUUCUACUGGCUGUUUGUGCAGCUUGCAUUGGAGGGACCUUUCAGUAUGGAUACAAUAUAUCGAUCAUUAAUUCCCCCACUAAGCCUAUACAGAAUUUUAUCAAUGAGACCUGGCUGCAACGGUACAACACCUAUGUAAGCAAAGAAAUCUUAACACUUCUCUGGUCUUCGACUGUGUCUAUUUUCACUCUUGGUGGUUUUAUUGGAGCUUCUACUGGUGGAGCUCUGGCAAUUAGGUAUGGGAGAAAAGGGACUCUACUGGUAAACAACAUAUUUGCUUUAUUAGCCUCUCUGUUAAUGGGUCUGAGCCACCCCACUGGAUUGUUUGAGCUUUUAAUUGCUGGACGUUUUCUUAUCGGGUUAAAUGCAGGCAUUGGCAUUUGUGUUCAGCCUCUGUACCUGGGAGAAAUUGCACCCAGACGCCUACGUGGAGCAAUGGCAAUGGGCACAUCUGUGUUUAUCACGGGUGGCAUUCUAACGGGACAGGUGAUAGGGCUGAAAGAGCUGCUGGGUGGAGAACAGUACUGGCCAAUAUUACUGUCCACCAGCUGCAUUCCUGCAGUUCUGCAGUUAAUUAUACUGCCCUGGUUUCCUGAGAGUCCGAGGUACCUACUGAUUGACAGGGGGAAUGAUCUUGCAUGCAAUAAAGCUCUGAAGAGACUACAUGGGUCUGAAAACUACCAUGAUGAGAGAGAGGACAUGGAGAAAGAGAGGCUAACAGCCCUUGGGACGCAGUCAAAAAAGCCCUGGGAGCUCUUCAUGGACAAAAACCUGCGUUUGCAGGUCAUUACAGUCAUUCUCUUGAACUCAGCCCAACAGCUCAACGGCAUCAAUGCUAUAUAUUUUUAUGCAAGUUACGUAUUUACUCGAGCUGGGAUCCCAGAUGCCACAAUUCCCUAUGUCACAAUUGGCACUGGAGCCUGUGAAUGCCUUACGGCCUUGACCUGUGGCAUGUUGAUUGACUGCCUGGGAAGAAGGGUGCUUAUCAUCGGGGGAUAUUCCCUGAUGACUCUUUGGUGUAUUUGCAUAACAGUGUCUCUCACCUUUCAAGAAGCCAGUCCAUGGGUACCUUACCUGAGCAUGAUGUGUGUCUUUGCUUUUAUCUUGAGCUUCGGCUUAGGACCAGGUGGUGUGACCAACAUUUUAACCACAGAGAUGUUUACGCAGACAGCACGGCCUGCAGCAUACAUGAUUGCGGGAUCUGUUAACUGGAUGAGUUUUUUCUUGAUAGGAAUGAUAUUUCCAUUCAUUGUGAAUGGCCUGCAGCAGUAUUGCUUCCUGGUGUUCCUGGUUAUAUGUUCCCUAGUAGCACUGUACAUAUUCUUCAUAGUUCCAGAAACCAAAAACAAAACCUUUCUUGAAAUUCAAGAGGAAUUUGACUCUCACAGCAGAAUAAAACUCUGCAAAAGAGAGAGCAUUGAAAGCAAUGGGGACAUACUGCUUUCACCACCACUGUGAAAAAAACUACCUACUGUAGAACUGAGUUAUUGGAAUUAUAUAGAUAUGAUAAUAAACACAUCACAUAAUCUGUUCGCGGUUCUCAGCUGUGGAUCUGAGGAAAAGGGUAACAAUGUCAAGUAGUAUAAUUGUAUUCAGUGUUUGACAUGGGAAGGGAUGUUGGUUAGAAUAGAAAACCUUGGAAGAAAAGAGUUAAUGGAUUCUGUGCUCAUAUAUCGAAAUAUUAUAUCAUGAUCAUAUACAGUAUAUGAGCCUUUUGCCCCAUGCAUCACCAUAAGGAUAGUAAUGACUGACAAAGAGAGAACCGAUAGUAAUAGAACCAAAAUCCUCAGCGUUCAUUUUCAAGAUUUUGAGACCAUAACAUGCCAAAUUGUUAUUCUGUGUAUCCUUAACAGAAGCAACGAUGCAUGUCUGGAUGUUCGGAAUUGAAUAUACAUAACUUAAACAACUGCUUAAGGUACUUAAUGAUGUAUACUGUAUGCAUCUUAUAUACAGUAUUUCUUAUUCUCUUAAUGAAUUAUAAAUAAUGUAGAAAUGUGCAUAUAUAAAUCAAGAGUUGUCUGGUGAGAUAAAUACAUAAACUGUUGUGACUUAUACUCAGAAAACAUGCUGUGGUUAACUUUCUGUUUUAAGUUAUUCACACCUUUUCUAUAUUUUAUGUAAUAAACUUGUUUUCUUGUGAAGAUCAACAGACUUUGGCUUUAUUUUUCAAAGUAUCUCACUGUGCAUGAGAGGAUAUGGGA